UGCUAUCUUUUCAUGGUAUCAGAGCCUAAAAUUUUUCUUUAAACAAAUCUCGUUUUUUUAGGCAUUUAAGAGAUGUCAACGAUCCCAACCCCAAACCCGACCCAUGCUUCAGCAACGAACACGACUGUGGAGAUGAGAAGAACCAUCUCACCUUGCCACUUGACCUCGGCAGAUAACCCUGGUGCGGUGAUCUCUCACCCACUUCUGAAAGGUAUCAACUACGAUGAAUGGGCUUGCGGGAUGAAGACGGUAUUGACUUCACGCAAGAAGUUUGGCAAUCGUUCUGCUGCUGGUUUGGCAAUCGUUCCGUCCAAGAAACCAAACUUCUUGCGUGAAGUCAAUACCGUCUUCAAUUGCCUCUGCAAUCGCUUUGGUCAUGUUGCAGAGAAUUGCUAUGCCGUGAUAGGUUAUCCAGAAUGGUGGGAAGAUAGACCACAAAAUCGAACAAUUCAAGGGAGGGGACGUGGUGAUUCUAGCUCAAGCGGAGGUUCGACUAGUGGCAAAGGUCGUGGUUCGAUGACUUAUGCUAAUCGAGUGUAUGUCCCUAAUGUGGACGAGGAAGGUCAUGAGCAAGCUAAUCACGUGAUCACAGAUCACGAUCGUGAUGGAGUGAGUGGAAUUACCGACCAAUAGUGGCGCUCCAUCAAGAUCAUCCUCAAUGCCGGCAAAGAAAACACCACAGAGAAAGUAACGGUGAUUAUGGCAGAUGGCAGAGAGAGGGUCUCUCGUAAUGAAGGGACAAUACAACUUGGUCCUAACCUUGUUCUGAAAUCAGUAUACUUUGUGGAAGAUUUCAAGUCUGACUUGAUCUCUAUGGGCCAGUUGAUGGAUGAAAACAGUUGUGUUGUUCAUAUGGCUGACACUUUUCUUGAGGUUCAGGGCCGCAAUUUGAGGACGGUGAUUGGAGCUGGUAAGAGGAACAUUUCACUUCUGCAGUAUUAUGGAGACCGCAGCCGCAGACACAAUAAAGGAGGAUCAGUCAUUUGAGAUGUGGCACAAGAGGAUGGGUCAUCCAUCAGCUGCGGUUGUAGGCUUGCUUCCAUUUUUUCUUGUUCAGUUUCUGUUGCUCAUCUAAAUAAUGCGUGUGAUGUUUGUCUCCGCGCCAAGCAGAGUAGAGAUUGUUUUCCAAUCAGUAUG